CACCAUACUUUGAGGUUCAUCAGCCUACGGUGCGUGUCUACACCUCCUCUGUGUAUGAAGGGGUUCGGAAGGACCGUGCCAGCUUCUACAUGCCAGUCAGUAAUACCAACCAGUCCGUGCCAAUUGGAGGAGAUGUGAAAAUUGAAUUUUUCAACAAGUCCAAGAUAAACAAGAAGGAAAAGAUGUUCCACUUUUGGUUUAACACUUUUUUUGUAAGAGACCAUGAAAGGCUUCAACAGAAUGGAGCUGUAGGCAGCCACUAUGACAACAACGAAGUUCUGUCUCUUACUCUGCCGAAAAUGGAAUUAGAUCGAGCUAACAAGGACAAAUCACAUAAAUUGUUCAGUCCAAAUUUCAAGGUGAAAGUCUAUUUUUCACCUAUGCAAGAAGGUAGCAACCUUGAAAGAAGUAAGAGUGCUGACGACAUGAUGAACGACAGGCACAAUGUUCACCCGAUACGAGGGCCUUUCCACACGCCUGCUACGCCCAACUUCCUGCACCCGCCAAAUUCCCAGCCGCGUGUCAAAGGCUGGUCUUCUCCUUCAUCACCCACCACAUCCAAUGCUCUGCCUAUUGCGUCCCCAAUUGCCGCGUCCCAUCACCCAUCCUCGCCGCAGCUCCCUGUUGUCAGUAAAAUGGGCUCCAGUGACCAUGCAGGCUUUGCAGACCGAAGCAACCAGCACCACCAUCACCUGUUGAUGCCCCUGGACGUGGGCAAGCAGGUGAACCCCCCAGCACCUUUGGCCCCUGCUCAAGCACCGAAGGUGGUGUUCCGGGGAGGGGAAGGCUCUGACACAGGCUCAGCAGGAAGUGCAGAAGGGGCAUCGUGGGGCUACAGCGACAGUGAGGCCCAGGAUGACCUCUCAGAUACUGAGUCGGAGAACGAGUGGGAAGACUGUGAGACCACUCAGGUAUGACCCCAGCUGCUGCCGCUGCUUCUCCUGUGGCUUUCUGAACAUCUGAUGGGCUACCCUGGGAGAACCUUGUCCACACAGUGUCUCAUCGACUGUGAAAUGUUAUGCCAUCAAUUUAAGUGAGGGUUACGUGACUGAAAAUGAAACUCCCCAAGUCACACGGAAUUGUCAGUUUAAGUUUGAGUGGUGUAGAUGUUUCCAGUCAGAGAAUUCAGUAUGUUUUUAAUUAAUGAACGUGAAAAUGGUUCUUAUCUGAAUUGUAGUUUGAUUAAUUUUGCAGCUUCAUUCUCUGUGAACUAAGCCUUAUUUCAUUAUGAUUUAUCAAUGUACAUAAUACUGUGUUUUUGUGGAUCACGCGUAUGAUGACUGAGAAUGAGACGUGUAUAAUGAUUCUGUGGUCUGCUAUACGGGAGUGUGUAUGGAAGUCUGAGAAAAGGUUUGAUGUUUGAAUACUUCCACCUGGCGACUUGAGAAUAUUAGUGGACUAAAACGUGAUGAGAUUUGUCAUCUGUUUUGAGUAUGAUAUGUUCACAUGUUCCAAAGAGGAGAAUGUCUUCUAUUUUCAGCUGGAAUGUGAACCGAGAAGAGAAGUUUGUAUGGAGCGUUCUGUGACAUUCUGUGAAUAGUGUUAUGAAAUGUGUCAUAUUGUGUUAAAUGGUGCUUUGAAGUCAACAGAAUUUUAAUGUAAGAUGCGAGAUGCACAACUGAUAGAUUUAAAAUGUCUUCCAAGUUGUGAGUGUACUGGUGUCAGUAAUUAUACACAGGGAUCUUCACGCAGAGCUUGGAAUGUUGUAUGUAAACCUUGUCAUUUCUGUUUCCAGAAACCUGUGGUGUUUUUCGUUUCCACUUUCAACAUCAAGGUGAUAUGUUUGUAGUAACAUAAAUGUAUGUUUGGGGGGGGGGGGGGAAUUUUUUUUUUUUUAACCCAGUCCUCAAUAAGUAUCCCACUAGUCUGCUUUACCUCUAAAAAACCUAUAACUUUCUUUUCCUGCUCCUCGAACAAAGCGAUCCUAUUCUUUGCCAUGCAUUCUUUGAAACUGCAGUUUAAAAUUCACAGACGUGUGUGCAAGUUAAGGAAAUAUUUAGGACUCUGUAAAUACAGAAUGUUCAAGUCUUUGUGUCUUGUACACCAGCUAACCUUGGUGGUGUGCAGGUGAUAUCAACAUUUCUUUGGCUUUGCUUGUGUUUUGGUCUUAGUAAACUGUUUUUGACUCUUGGGUGCACUCCUGUCACAAGUAUUUAGCAUGACUGUACUAUAGGCAAGUUUCUGAUGGAGGGUUUAUUGACAUCUUAGCUUUUUGAAAGCAAAGAAGCUGACAAUACUAUAAAUAGCUUCCAAUGACAUAUAGACAACAAAUAUUGGAUUAUGGCCAGUUAUACCAUGGACAAAGUUGAUUCUGAGUUUGUUGGCCCUAGCUGACUUCGUAAUAGCAUUAGUACAAGACACUUAACGUAUUGAUUGUCUGUUCUCACCAACGGAUGUUCAGAGAUUUUUCUAUCAUGUUUUGACUGUAGUACAUGGCCAUAGUGAAGAGACAUUUAGUGUUCUGUGUGUGAUAAGUCUGCCACUCCGGAUGAUGAGUGAGUUUAUGGCUAAUGGCGCCUCUUAACUUGAAUUACUCCAUGCACCAGUGCCUUAAGCUCUUUCCAAGUUUGUUGAAACGAAUUGUUGAAAGUCAUAGAUACAGUCACUAGAAAGUUUAAGCAGUAGGCACAAGGUUACUCAUAUAAAGUUUUGCUUUAAGUGAGCACCAAUCUGCUGUCAGCGAUAUUGAUGGUUUUAUAAGUUGUCCAGUAGCCAGGGCAGAAAAGCUGACCUUUUAAGGGAGAUGUUUUUGAUUGGGCAUAGUAUACCUGCUUAGCUCCUUAUACUUGACAAGCCACUCUCACAGGCAUACUGUUGGUACAGCCGUGUUGGUGAUCCACUGUCAGUGACUCCAUCAGGCAAAUUCUGUUUCUACGAUGACAAAAUUAUAUUAAUUUUUGGAAGUUGCCUAAAAUAGGUCUCCAACCAGGGGUUCUUUUCAUUAGGUGAAGAA